CUGUCGUCGCCUGGGCCCUGCCUGAAGGCCGGGGCGCGCGUGACUCUCGUCGGCCCUGGGAAGGGUGUGCCUCUCGACCCGAGGGGGCGGAAGGGGGACGCCCCGGCCUCGGGGCCACUGCUCUCGCUGUGUCUUUGUGGUCGCGAACGCCGUCCGCCCGGGAGGCGCCCCGCGCCCGGCGCGAUGAGUGCCAACGAGGACCAGGAGAUGGAACUGGAAGCAUUACGUUCUAUUUAUGAAGGAGAUGAAAGUUUCCGGGAAUUAAGUCCAGUUUCAUUUCAGUAUAGGAUAGGUGAAAAUGGUGAUCCCAAAGCCUUCUUAAUAGAGAUUUCCUGGACAGAAACAUAUCCCCAAACGCCUCCAAUUAUAUCUAUGAACGCUUUUUUUAACAACACGAUAUCGUCAGCUGUAAAGCAGAGUAUAUUAGCCAAGUUACAGGAGGCAGUGGAAGUUAACCUCGGGACCGCAAUGACCUAUACGUUGUUUGAAUAUGCCAAGGACAAUAAAGAGCAGUUCAUGGAGAAUCACAACCCUGUUAAUUCUACGACAUCCAUAAGCAAUAUCAUCUCUGUUGAAACUUCUAAUACAGCCCCAUCAAGUAAGAAAAAAGACAAAAAAGAACAACUUUCAAAAGCCCAGAAACGUAAGCUGGCAGAUAAAACAGAUCACAAAGGAGAACUUCCUCGAGGAUGGAACUGGGUUGAUGUGGUGAAGUUAAGCAAAACUGGCUCUAAAGAUGAUGAAUAGUGCUUGGAAUUUGAGACAAGAGAAGAGCAUCCUUUAAAAAGUAAACUGGGUUCAAAAUCUUUUUGUUACUCUUCUGGUAUUGAGGUGGCUUUUUAUAAAACACAUUUUUGUUUUGUAUGUUUCUUACAUAAAAAAUGUUUUAAGCUGAACAUGAAGAGAUCUGGUUGUAUUAAAUUAUUUUCACAAACUUGCCUUAAUAAAAGGUGAAAAUGUUACUGUUUAGAAUACUUUAUGAAGCCUGUUGAGCUUUGGAAAUGGACAAAUAUGGGGGAAUAAAAAAAUAAUGAAUGUUAAUUUAUAUCAUCUUAUUCUAGUGGACGUGAUUUUUUUUUAAAGGAAUAGGAAGCCCUUUUCAAACUCUCAUCCCAGUGGAGCAGAAUGCUGAGUGAACAGUUACUCCACAGCCUGACCCACAUUAAUAGGCUUCUUGUCUCAAUAAAGUCUUCUUCUCUUCUUUCUCUUAGUUACUGAAGCAUAAAUUGCUUCAGAGAAAUUUAAAUACUGGUAUUUGAACUUUAUACAUAAUAUUCUUUGUAGUUCCUUUUAAUUUUCCAAGGGUGAACUGCUUCUCUUUAAUAAAUAUCUGUUUAUUCUGUUCUCUUGGUUUGGGUCACAGUGUUUGAUCAUGAGGGCUUUCAGUGGUAUGUGCACCAUGAAAAUAUAAAAACAAAUCUGCCAAAUACAUUAGAAGGCGUUUGAAUAGAAGUGCUGAUUCCUAUUGAAGACAUUUCUCUUUGUUGCAUUUACCAAGAUGGGAGUAAAAGACGCCUUAAUGUUUAAUUUUUGUAUUGUUGGAGACAAUGGUUUUAAUAGAUUCCUAUUUAUCUGCUAUUAUGUAUUUUUAGUUGUUUGGUAACUGAGGUCUUCUAAAUGGUUUAACAUAAAACCACAUUUUAAGUCUUGUUGCUUUUCAAGUAUCCAAAUGUAUUUCUCAGCCCAAGCAUCUUUGUAGUAAUAGAUAUAGAAGCCUUUCAAAUGCUGAACUGUGGUACAUGUUUGUUGUUUUUUAAAUCAUUAAUAGAGGAGACUAUUAGUACAGUUUUACCAGGAAGUUAUUGACGUGUAUGUAUGAUUUACAGUGAUUCUGUAUAUGCUCCCCAGCCUUAAAAACACUUAGCACUGCUCUGUGGUGUCUGGAAGGGUAGAUUGUUGGUUCCUCCAAUUAUACCUGUGCAGCUUAGGUCUCAGUUUUUAAAGAAUAAUGAACUUUUAGAGAAAUUUCCUUAACACAAGAGCAAUUUGAAUUGUAUCCAUGCUUUUUACUGGGUUAACAUUAGCUUCAGUUAAAUAGUUUGAAUUGUUAAGUAUAAUUACAGUGAAGAAGUUUAAUCUCAUUUUCAAAAGCUGAAUCACAUUUUAUUUCUUGAGCUAAUAUGAUAGAAACAUUAAACUUCAGAACCACUGGGGUAUACCAACUUUUGUUUUGGGAUUGUGUGUGUAGUUUUUGUUGUGUUGAUUUAUUUGCUUAUUUUUUAAAAAAGCUGAAACGGCCACAUCUGCUAGUGGGAGAAAAUACUUUGUUUUGCUGUGAAGCUUCUGAAGUUGUUCAGGCUUAUCGUGGUUCAUAGAUUACAAAGAAUAGUGCUAGUUUAAUGCCAGUGAGCUAUUUUUACUCUUUUUAUAUGAAAUGUACAAAUUUCAGGGGGUGAUGGUGGCAGUGGUGCCUCCUACUACCUUAUGUAAAACACUUGAACAUCCUCAUCAAUACUGCCAUCAUCUGCUUAAUACUCCUGGUAUAUUUUCUCAAAGUCUGUUUACUUAAAAAUUAUAUGAAGUGACAUAAUUAAUGAGCAAUAAAAUCUGAAUUGCACACAA